CAUAGUGCAGCAAUCAUGGCUGACAGAGCACAUGUCCACGGGCGGAACUUUCGGAGACAACGGAGUCUGUUGCCGCCGGGCUCCUGGCCCUGAAGGGGGCACGGCACCUGCUCCGUUGUCCCCCGUUCCGUCCACACGAUUAAUUUCUGUAGUGCAGCAGGAGCUGCUAGAGGAGCCGACGAGCGAGCGCAGCGCCUAUCAGCAUCAGCGGCGCUCGCUCCUCCUCUCUGUGCUCUCUGCUGCUGUGCUCAGGCCUGGGUCGCGGGUGUCACGUGACAUCCUUCCGGGACCCAGAGCCGCCGCCCGCCAGGACACAUAGCAGCAGCCGCCAGGACUCGGAGAGAGUGCGCGGUGCAGGAAAACGGGGCUGUCACAGUCAGGAGCGAUUGUACCCUCCUGAGUUCAGAGAUGUUAUUUCCAUUAAUAGAACCGAUGGAGUAAUUUCCCUUAACAGAGAAAUGGACAGAGAGGCUGUCUCUCUCCUUACAGUGCCAAUUAAGGCUGUUCAGCAAAACAAUCUGCUUAAAAGUGCUGAUUCUGUAGUGCUGAUAACCAUCCUGGAUGAAAAUGACAACCCUCCAAACUUUUCCCAACCUAUCUACAAGUCCUAUCUGGCUGAGAACUCACCGACUGGGACCAACGUUCUUGUGCUUACAGCCAGUGACAAAGACGAGGAUGGAUUAUCCAAUGGUUAUUUUACUACUAAUAACACUAUGUUUAAGGUCGACAAAAUGGGAGCAAUGUAUCUCACUCAUGGGGAGCUGGACAGAGAGUUAACGCCUGAAAUAGCUGUCAAGGUCUGGGUGUUUGAUGCAGAGACAAAUGGGCUGAAUUCCAGUGCAUUAGUCAUUAUUACUAUUAUUGACAUAAAUGAUAAUAAUCCAGUGUUUCAUAACACACCCCUCUUUUUCACAAUACCUGAGGGGUUCUAUACGAUCAUCUCUCCUCUCCUGGUGGGUCAGGUAAAUGCAACUGAUGCGGAUGAAGGAUUAAAUGGAGAAGUUACCAUAACAAAAGCUUCUGAAUAUGGAGACAAUACAUUCAUUGUGCAACCAAAUGGUAUUAUUAUUGCUCAAGGACCAUUAGACCGAGAGACGAAAAACAGAUAUGUAAUGUCGCUAAUAGCAUCAGAUAACGGAACACCGCCUAGAGAGAGUUUUGCAGACCUUGUGAUUGUCAUUCAGGACGUCAAUGAUAAUGCUCCAACUUUUACACAACAUGAAUAUUCUGCACACUUAGUGUUACCUGAAGUGAAAAUAGGAGAUCCUUUCCUGACAGUAUCUGCUACUGACCUGGAUACUGGGAAUAGUUCACAGAUUUCUUACAGGUUUGCCCAGCCUCUUUCUAUAUUUUCAAUUAAUAAAGAAAAUGGACAGAUCUCUCUGGUACGGAAUAUAUCUGGUGGAUCUGCGGGAACCAGUAUUGCACUGCGUGUCAUAGCUACAGAUCAUGGGGUUCCAGCUUUGUCUUCUACUACUACUGUGUUUAUCACAAUUGCAGCAGGCAAUACCGAGUUUGUGAGUUCCAAGUAUAGUUUCAGCGUACUUGAAGACAUGCCAGAAGGAACUGAGGUUGGGACAGUACAGGCCGUUGCUGGACCAGACAUAGCAGUAAUGUAUGUUAUUAUGACAUACAAAGAGAUAUUCUCCAUCACAAACAGUGGAACCAUUAUUACCCGUACCAUGCUAGAUCGAGAGGAGCAAGACAGUUAUAGCAUCAUUGUGAGCGCUGUGGACUCACGGGACCCUCCCAGUACAGCUGCUGUUGUGGUUAAUAUCAACAUAAUUGAUGUGAAUGAUAACACGCCGGUCUUUUCACCACUCAUAAAAACAAAUGUGACAUGUCCGGAAAACAUGAAUUUCCUGGAUUUUGGCUACAUUAAUGCUACUGAUAAGGAUGUUGGAAACAACAGUGCUGUGACAUACUCAUUGCAGGAUUGCUUUAAUGGCACUUUCCACAUUAACAGUUCUACUGGCAAACUGACUAUCACUAAACCAUUGGACGCGGAAACAGCAGAUUACUAUGACCUCAAUGUAUUGGCCAAGGAUUCUGGAAUCCCUCCAUUAUCGUCGUCAAUUAUAAUCCAUGUUUCUGUCCAGGAUGUUGAUGAUAAUCCUCCAAUCUUCAGAACAAAUCUAUAUAACGUCACAGUAAAAGAGAAUGAACCUCCGCAUGUGAUAUUGAGUGUUUCUGCAGAGGAUAUGGACAUCGGAGACAAUGCUAUUAUUUUAUACUCCUUCACAAACAUUUCUCACUUAUUUUACAUUGGAGAAAUGUCUGGCAAUAUCUCCAUCCUGAAACCCUUAGAUUUUGAGACAAGCUCCCAGCAUGUGCUGACGGUGAUAGCCUACAGCCCAAGUGACCCUCGGAAUCAGAGCACAGCCACAGUCACCGUGCACGUAGAAGAUGUAAAUGAGGAGGGGCCCACAAUGGAAUAUCCAGUAUACCAUACAGUAAUAUGGGAUGGUCUAUACACCCCAGGAAAUAUCAUUCUUGAUAUUAAUGCAACAAAGGGAAAUGAAGCUAUGGAUGAAGGAAUCCAUUACUCUAUUUCAGGUUCUAACAGCGAGGGACUAUUUGCCAUAGCGAAUGCAACCGGCCACAUCUUUUUAAUAAAGGAUCUUGCUGUGCAUAACUCUCCUCUGCACUAUGUCCUGAAAGUCAAUUGCACUGACAGCAGAGUGCCACCGCAAUCAACCUCCGUUAAGGUGUAUGUGACGAUUUCACCAAGCAACAUUAGCCAGCCAGUAUUCUCAGCUGAUUAUUAUAGCCCAGAAACAUUGAAUGACUGGGCUGUGCCACAUACUUACCUAACACAGAUCAAAGCCUUUUACUUACCCUCUUCCCUUAUAUACAGCAUAAGUACUAAGAAGGAUAAAGAUUGCUUUGUUGUGGAUCCAGUGACAGGAAUAAUAAGAACUAAGAAUGUGUUAAAUGUGAAAGAUUUUCCAAGUAAUAUGACAGUGAAGGCGACCGAUUCCCAAAAGCCCUGGAUAUACAGUGAGGCCACCGUACAUGUGACUGUCAUCAGUGGCAACCAGUAUGCUCCGGUAUUCCCAAACCCAGUUGUGAAUGUGACAGUGAAAGAGGAGCACGGCAUUCCUACAUUCAUUACCCAAGUGCAUGCCAUGGAUGGCGAUACGGGCAGAAACGGAGAUCUUACAUACAGUAUUCUGAAUGAUCAGCCCUUCACUAUCAAUGCCAAAGAUGGAAACGUUCUUGCAACUAUCACCUUUGAUUUUGAAACUGGACCCAAUGAAUUCCAGAUUUUCAUUCUUGCUGAAGACCAUGGGAUACCACAGAAAAAACAAGGCUACUGUACCCUCGUUGUCCAUGUACUGGAUAUAAAUGACUGUAAACCAGUAUUUGCACCACUAGAUUAUAUCAUUGUUGAAGAAAAUGUACCGGUUGGAACUUCAAUUGGCCAAGUCACAGCAACUGAUGGGGAUACUGGUGACUAUGCUUUCAUAGUCUACAGUCUGUUUGAUGAAGAUGGACAGUUUGAAAUAGAUGAGCUGCUUGGGAACAUUUUGGUAAAAAAUCCUCUUGACUAUGAAACCAAAAGAAGUUCAUUACUAAAUAUUACUGCUACUAAUAACAAGACAGCUCCUUUCUAUCAGACAAGCACCCAGCUCACGAUUCACUUAUUUGAUGAUAAUGAUAAUGCUCCACAGUUUACCCAGAAACUAUACUUUGCUGAACUAGAUGUGAACAGUCCAGUGGGGACACUUGUGAGAGUAGUAAAUGCAACAGAUAGAGAUCAGGGAGAUAAUGGUGUGAUUGAUUAUUUCCUGUUAUUUAACUCAUCUUCUGAAUACUUCCUGCUUGAAAAUGAAAGAGAGGGAAGAAUAAUUACUGGAAGCCACCUGGAACCAGGAGAGAUAACCAUAACAGUUGUGGCUAAGGACAGAGGUUCUCCUUCACUAAAUAACAGUGCUUCCGUUAUUGUAAAUGUCGCAAAUGUGGCACAUAAAGACCAGUCAUCUCCAGAAUUUAGCCCACAGAAAGUAAGCACUGCUUUAAAGGAAAAUAGAGACAAAAAUGAACCUAUUUACAUAUUUUCUGCAAAGGAUGCCUCACGGGACAAUGUCAUUUACAGAAUUGUGGCUGGUAAUGACCAAGGUGAGUUUCAUUUGGAUGAGAAAACUGGAGAACUCUGGGCAACAAACAAUUUUAACUAUAAUGUACAACCAUCCUAUACUAUUACUGUGGAGGCAGACAGAGUCCCGGACUUGAAAGAUCCUUUACCUCAGAAUUUUGUUCGGUUAGAAAUCAGUGAAUCAGACUUCCAUGGUAGACCGGUGUUUGAGAAACAGCAAUAUACUGUUACUAUACUAAAUACUUUGCCCCAUGGAUCGCCAAUCCUCAAAGUCACGGCUAAAGACAAAGAUUUACUGUCGAAUGAAGUCCUUAUCUACAGUUUGGUGAACUAUUCAGGGGCAGAAUUUGAUAUUGACAAACACACAGGACAGAUUGUAGUCGGUUCUGUGACCGGAAAAGCUGGAAUAUUCAACUUCAAUGUCCAGGCUACAGAUCCCUACGGUGUCUCUGACCAAACUGCUGUUCAGGUCAUGGUGGAAUGCGCAGACCAUUCACAGAAAUGUCCAGACUCUUCAAACGACAUUGUAGAAAUUAAAAUAAAUCAGACAGUAAAGGAAGUCGAAUCUCAUAUUCCAAAAAUUAUCAGGCUUCUGGGAGACAUGCUGAAGCAGAACGUUACAUUAGAUAACAUAGCUUCUGAUUCCAACAAUAAACACGAUACAGACAUUGAGUUUCAUGCUGUUGGCAAGAGUAAACAGGAGCUUGUCAGAUCUCUCACAGACAGGAUACAAGAUAUACAGCAGAUACUGAAUUCAGAAUUUGGGGAACCUGUGGAUGUUACCGUAUUAGAGCCUCCGAAAUUUCUCGUGACUCCCGAGGAGAUAGCGGGAAUUGUGCUCGGAACCCUGUUCGCCAUUAUCCUGGUUUCUGCUGCAUUUGUUUUGAAAAGCAAUAUGUCUCAGAGCACAAGUGAGCCCACUGAAAACACAGAUGUGGAGAGUGGCCCUGGAGUACCUACAAGCGGUGUCCCGGCAGAAGGCAACGGACAGACUGAGUCCUCUGAAAAGAAAGAUUUAGUAGGCGGAAACGGAGGGUCUGCAACCGGUGCCCAGGACAAAGACACUAAACAGACUGAGUCCUCUGAAAAGAAAGAUUCAGAAGGCGGUAACGGAGAGUCUACAACCGGUGCCCAGGACAAAGACAAAAAACAGAACGAGUUCUCUGAAAAGAAAGACUCAGAAGGCGGUAACGGAGAGUCUACAACCGGUGCCCAGGACAAAGACAAAAAAGAGACUGAAUUCCCUAAAAGAGAUUCAGAAGAUGGUAACGUGGAGACCGCACCCAGUGCCCAGGACAAAGACAAUAAACAGACUGAGUUCUCUGAAAAGAAAGAUUCAGAAGGCGGAAACGGAGGGUCUGCAACCAGUGCCCAGGACAGAGACACUAAAGAUAAGUCUCAGAGCACAAGUGAAUCCACUGAGAAGACAGAUGUGGAGAGCGGCCCUGGAGUACCUACAAGUGGUGUUCCGGCAGGAGGCAACGGAGAUAAGUCUCAGAGCACAAGUGAAUCCACUGAGAAGACAGAUGUGGAGAGCGGCCCUGGAGUACCUACAAGUGGUGUUCCGGCAGGAGGCAACGGCGAUAUGUCUCAGAGCACAAGUGAACCCACUUUAGAGAUAAAUGUGCAGAGCCCCCCUGAAGUGCCCACAUGCGGUGAUCCGGCAGAAGACAACAAACAGACUGAAUCCCCUGAAAAGAAAGGUUCAGAAGGUGCUAACGGAGGUCCAGUAACCAGUAUCCAGGACAAAGACAAUACUGAAACUGAGCCAAAUGGACUCCAACUGGACAAAGCCACUCCUGACAAGGAACCAGUGAACGGACAAAAGCCAGAGAUAACCCAAGAAACAGAGGUAGAUUAUGUGGAAACAUGGGAGUCCUAUGAGAGCGAUGAUGAUUCUGACAUGGAAUCCACUAAUAAAGAUGGAACAAAGCAGGAAAUCUCUGGGACUACUGCCAUCCAGGAAGAUACAGAGCAACCGCAAAGUACAGAAGGUGAAAAGGUUACCCACAAUGUGACGUUUUUGGACGACGAAUAAACGAUACAAAACAAAACCUCACACACGCCUGUACCACAAAUUACAUGGACACUUAAGAUGAUUUUCUGGAAAUGUUAUGAUUUUAACUAUAUGGUUGGACUAUGCAUUUGCUGCCACAGAAAAUAGAUAACGACCACCUCAUAAGUAUGUAUAAACAGGUGCAAUUGCUCAAAAUGUUCUUUUCAAAUAAUUAGCAAACUAUGUAAAGAAGUCGUGAUAAGCGGCUCAAUAAAGUUUUCCUCAAUA